AUGGAAAACAUCUCCUUGCCGUUUUACUUCAACCUCACCAUGUUUGUGAACAUUGGACAUUACCGCUUCGCAGCUUUCACCUUCUGCUUGCUGCUCUACAGCUUCAUCAUCUGCACCAAUCUGCUGAUGAUCCUGGUGAUUUCCUACUGCAGCGCGUUGCAUCAACCCAUGUAUUUCUUCAUCGCCUUGUUAUCAGUCAACUCUCUGUACGGUUCUGCUGGAUUCUUCCCCAGGUUUCUCAUGGACCUGCUCUCUGAUGUCCAUUUGAUUUCUCAACUGGCUUGUUUUACUCAGAUUUAUGUUAUCUACACGUACGGCUCAAAUGAACUGACCAUCCUGAGCAUCAUGGCGUAUGACAGAUACGUGGCUGUGUGUCAUCCUUUACAUUAUCACACAAAGAUGACGUCUAGAGCUGUUGCUCUGCUGUCGGUUCUGGCCUGGAUCUUUCCAGCUCUGAAUCUUACGGCAGUAAUACUGAUGUCUUCCCGCCUUCCUCUGUGUGGUAAUGAGAUCCAUAAGGUGUUUUGCUCCAACUGGAAUGUGGUGAAAUUAUCAUGUGUCAGCACUGCUCUCAAUAAUGUUCUAGGAAUGUUUCUGACCAUCACUACAGUCUUUCUCCCACUCUUUUAUGUGCUUUAUACCUAUUUACGAAUCCUAAUUGUAUGCUGGAAAAAAUCGACGGAGUUCAAGGGUAAAGUGCUGCAGAGUUGCCUACCACAUAUUGUUUCUUUUAUGAUUUAUUGUGUCACUGGAUUUUGCGAUAUCGCCUUGAGUCGAUAUAACCUGGAGGACAUAAAUCCAUUUGUUGCUGUUAUUUUAUCCUUUGAGUUUAUCAUCAUCCCUCCGGUUCUGAAUCCUCUUGUGUAUGGCCUCAAGCUGCCAGAUAUUAGGAGGCACAUUUUAGGUUUAUUUUUCCAUAAAAGAUGA